UGUUGGAGUUGGAAGAGAUUUUGCUCUCCUUCUAGACGUACCGCUGUAACUGGUAUUGUGCUAGUAGGCACAGUCUGUGUUGCACUGUGUUGCUGAUAGUCAAGAAGAGGCAGUGACCCGGUGAUCAUCCUAUCGGAAUACUCGCGGCCAGACAAGUUCUCUCGUCGGCGCAAUGGCAAUGGUAAAUGUCCAGGUUGUGCUUAGUGCACUGCUUUUGCUGACCAGCACAUGGAUGCUCUUUGUUAAUGCUGCUCCUAAUGAUGGCUGGCACCGGAAUGGCCAAGGCUUUUACCGCCGGGACCUGGUUGUCGAUGGUGUUGAGAGGUGUUUGACCGACUCCUAUCUUGUAGUUCCUAAUUCCCUAAAACCUGCCAAUGAUCUGAAAAGCCUUGAAGAUGCGAAACGAAUUUGCUCCGAAAUGGGAAUGAUCCUUCCACCAAAAUUGGCCGCCCAUUGCCUGUAUGACUUUGCUUACCUCAGCAACAUACAUGGGCUCGACUACAGCUACGUCUGGGCUGAUUUUUAUCAGAGUACUGAACCAAAUACAUACAGAGUGAAAGGUAGACAGGGAAGGGACUUCACUAAUAUGAAUGGAAGUGUAGUGUGUUAUGUUGUCUACUGCAAUGUGCCUGACAUUGCUAAUGGCACACUCAACGCUUCAAGUAUCCAAUAUGGCAAACAGGUGAAAUACACAUGUAAUGUAGGUUUUUCACCUGUACUAAACACAACUUGUCUGGCUACCGGGUUUCUACUUAAUAAGCCAGCAUGUAAACCUGUCUACUGCAAUGUGCCUGACAUUGCUAAUGGCACACUCAGCGCUUCAAGUAUCCAAUAUGGCAAACAGGUGAAAUACACAUGCCAUGUAGGUUUUUCACCUGUACUAAACACAACUUGUCUGGCUACCGGGUUUCUACUUAAUGAGCCAGCAUGUAAACGAUUGCGCAUCCAAGAAUUGCUGGAGCUGUUCGACAGUUAG